AUGUCCCAAUUUCUGCGUGGUAAAUCCAAAUCGAUUCUUAUUCAUCCUUCGAAAGAGCUGGAAAUGAAUAAAGGAUUGAAAUGGCUGAUCGGUGUGAAAGCGAGAUUUGUCAAACCCAAAGAGGACGGUGAAGAUCUAUUCAGUGAACCACAUUUCCGCAGUCUGUGUACUACAACGGUUAAUGCUCACAAUAUGGAGAAACAACUACAAGCAGCUUGCAGUAAAAUUAUGGAUUCCUUGGCGAUAUAUCAAAAAGAAGGAAGUGGUUGGAUCCUAAAUGAAAUACUUCAUUUAGACCUCAACAUGGCGAAAUACACGCCACUCAAAGGGGCCAGUCAUAUUCCUCUACUGAAAAAGUUGAAGACUAAGAAAGUGAUCAUCAAUAUCAAGAAUUCUGACAACAA